UUGUUUCCCUAUAGCUGCGUUCGAAGAACACGUUAUCAGCACUAUUGCGUUACUCUUUUUUGAUCGCUUACUAAACGUUAAACAAGAUAGAACGAUAUAAUAGCGCUAAUAAUAUCAUUUCUUUGAACGCAUCAAGAGUCCUACGAUUAAGCCCGAAUUGUUAUAUAAUAAGCAUGAUCGAGCGUUUUGUACAUAUAUUUAUCAACCACGAGAUCGCAAUAUUCAAACUCGACGUGUACUCGCAAUGAUGAAGAUGUACAUCGCUCUUGUUGCGCUCGUUGUUCUGCUCACGUUGCCUGGCGAGUCGCACUUCACACCGAGUGCUUUUCCUACCUACGCGAAACGUACAGGUCCGUUCUUCGGCAGUGCGCAGAAUAAAACGAUCGUCGCGGAAACUCGGCGGCAAUUCAACGAUACCGCCCUGGCGAACUUUACGUAUCCAACAUACAUGAACGAGUCCCUCUCUGAAUCUUCGUCUCCCAAGAAUAUAGAUUGCUUCGGACUGGGUAGAACAGUCGCGACGUACCUGGAACGGCUCCUCAGUAGUGAGCCCAACGGAUCUGCUGCGUUGGACGUGCGAUUUUCUCUGUCCUCCAGAAGACAGCCGCGUCGUGUGUAUGUGGUGCUCGACGAGCAAUUCAGCCUGGAAUGGACGGACUUCAGGAUUGAGCGACGAACGGUAAUAAUAGUGCAUGGUUUCCUGUCGCAAGGCAAUGCCGAAUGGGUCAAGGAUAUGGAAAAGGCGUUCCUCGCAUGGGACGACGUAAAUGUGGUGGUGAUAGAUUGGAGUGCCGGCAGUAACACGUUGAAUUAUUACAAGGCCGCGGUCAACACCAGAAUAGUAGGAUAUCAAAUCUCAAAAUUGAUAGAACAGUUAGCGAACGCUACGAUCAACGCCAAUGGGCCAGACACGAGCAAUUGGGGCCCUUUGCACCUGGUAGGGCACAGCCUCGGUGCUCACAUAUGUGGGUUUGCCGCGAAGGAAUUGAAGAAGCGGCACAACAAAUGGCUUGUGCAUAGAAUCACAGGUUUAGACCCAGCUCAACCCUGCUUUAGGAACACCGAAUCGACAGUUCGUCUGAGCAGGAGUGACGCUCCAUUUGUCGAUGUGAUACAUACAAACGCAAGAUUUUGCAUGAGUUUGGGAUUGGGUUUUCCUGAACCUAUAGGCUACGUUGAUUUCUACCUAAACGGUGGUAAAAUGCAACCUGGUUGCAGCAAGAAAAACCAAUCGUCGUCGAUCUUACGGAUCCUACAGAUUCCCGCAGACGCAAUAAAACGGGCGAUAUGCAGUCACGGACGUUCCUAUGAAUACUUCACGGAAUCAUUAGUAUCUGCGAGCAUGCCCAAUUGCACCUUUGGGGCAUAUUCUUGGGACUUGACGUACAAACAUCUGUCGCAAACAAUCGGUUCAUGCGCUAAUGAUACCUGCACGGAAAUGGGUAUUCGAGCUGAAUUCUACAACAAACGCGGAACGUUUUAUGUAGCUACUCGUGGUAGUAGUCCCUAUUGCAUCAACAGCAGCGACAUCAUUGACGAGGUGAGAAUGCAACUGGAACAGGAUUACCAAGACGAAGCCGAAGAUUGAAAAGAUACAAUAACCGUUAGUUAGACAAGUUACUCUAUUUGUAGAUAAAUGCGCUGUCAACUCCAUCGUGUACAAUAUGCUUAAAUAAUCGAUGUAUUCGUAUAUUUACAGUUGGAAAGUCUCGCAUAGUACAAAUAAUAUUUACAGUGUCCUCGUGUUUGUUUGAACGCGCAUUUCUAUCGUCUUUAUGCGCGUGCAAACAGCCGCGAUUUUCGCUGUUCCAAAAAUCGA